CAUGGCCUCAUACGCCCUACGCAUAAAAAGAGCUCUGCUCCCACUUUGUGUGUGCUCUUCUUUAAUAUUUGCCGUGGUAAACGGGCAGUACGAAAUCUACAGUUUCAAAAGCUAUCCGAAAAGUGAGCUCAUGCCCCUGGAAUCUGCAUACGGGAUUGCACUGGACCAGUACGCCGCUGAGAACUGGAGCGAGAGCGUCAAAUACUUAGAGCUGAGUUUGCGUCUGCACCGGCUCCUGAGAGACAGCGAAGCUUUUUGUAGCCAGAACUGCAGUCAUGUUGGUCGGGACUCCCAAGACUUCCUUUUAUCCAGUAAUGAUCUUCGAGUCUUGCGGCACAUUUUACUCCGAGCGUCUUGCCUCAAGAAGUGUAAGGAGAACUUCCCCGUGUUCAAAUUGUCCUACCCUAGGAGGGAGGUGUUGGAUGCUUUCGAGAACAGAGUUCCUUACCAGUACAUGCAGUCCGCUUAUUACCAGCUGAACAACCUUGAGAAGUCAGUGGCAGCAGCCCACACCUUCUUGCAGAAGAAUCCUGAUGACCCCUUUAUGACAAAGAUCAUGGACUACUACAAGACCCUGUUUUACCUUGAUGAAUAUCUCAUUAACCAUGAGGAACAGCCCUAUGAGGGUGUGUUCCUGAAAGCAGUGAAGCUCUUUAACUCAGGUGACUUCAGCAGCAGUGCUAGGGAAAUGGAGCAGGCUGCCAGUGACUACUUCAAGGCAUAUGACCUAUGUUUGGCAGGCUGUGAGGCAGCCCAGGAGGUCACAGAAUUCAAGGACUUCUACCCCUCUCUGGCAGAUCUGUACAAGGAAGCGCUCAAGUGUAAGGUGAAAUGUGAGGACCGCUUGAUGCCGAAUGUGGGAGGGUACUUUGUCGAGAAGUUUGUGGCCACAAUGUACCACUACCUGCAGUUUGCCUAUUAUAAGCUGAACGAUGUGCAAAAUGCUGCCCCCUGUGCUGCCAGCUAUGUGCUCUUUGACCCCAAGGACCAGAUCAUGCAGCACAACAUGGUGUACUACCGUUUCUACCGUGAGCAGUGGGGCCUGGAGGACAAGCACUUCCAGCCCCGGCUGGAUGCUGUGAGGUAUUAUAACCAGACUACCAUGCAGAAACAGAUGCUGGAAUUUGCAGAGAGUUACUUACAGUCUGAUGAUGAGGAUGUGGUGAAUCUGGAAGAAGUGGCUACUGCACGGACAGACUCUCCUGAUAAUGAGUUCGAAGGUGUUGGGGACUAUGAGGAGUCCUUCUAUGCUGAUUGGUGGCAAGAACCCAAAAGCAAAGGGGAUACUGGUGAGCCUGAUAACUGACAAUUUUCGCUCAUCGUGCUGGACAUGCCAAAGAAGGAGAGGCUCGGCCUGCUGGAAGGGAAAUUCAUCUUAGCACAGCCGCCCAUGAUCCCAUCAUGCAGUGCCAAGUUCUAUGGAAAUAUGAUAAUGUUGAUGA